AUGUCCACUGCCAACAAGCGAGCCAAUGCCAUUCAGCAGCACUUGUCUCCUCAACAAAAGCGUGCUCAGGCUGUAGACCCAGUGGCCAGCAUGAACGAGGAGCGUGCAAAGGCUGCCUUCAAUAUCCGUGAGUUGACCUAUCUAUUGGAUGGUGGCGAAAAGUCGACUUUGCUUAAAGAGCGCUUUAUGCAAGAAUUUGAAAGAGAUCCUCUGUUCAAAAUGGAUGACAUUCAUGAUAUUUCCAAGGAGCAGCUCCGUGAAAGAACCAUGGAAAAGUUUCGUAGUUUGGUACACCACUUGUCAAAUGAAAGCAUUGAUAUCUUUAAAAAGAGAAUGGAGAUUGUCAGCCUGAUUGAUCCCGGAUUCUGGACUCGAUUCGGUGUUCAUUAUGGUCUGUUUGUGGGUGCUUUGCAGAGCAAUGCUACUUCGGGCCAGUUGGGAUACUGGUUCCAGAAAGGCGCUUUAUCACUGUCUGGGAUGGUCGGAUGCUUUGCCAUGACAGAGCUUGGUCAUGGUUCCAAUGUGCCUGGACUGGAGACCACGGCUACCUUUGAUGAGGCUGCAGAUCAGUUUAUUAUCCACACACCUACUGUCACUGCUACCAAAUGGUGGAUUGGUGGUGCUGCUCACAGUGCUACGCAUUCUGCCGUCUUUGCUCAGCUCAUUGUCAAGGGUAAAAACUACGGUACAAAGUGCUUUAUUGUCCCUCUCAGAGACCCCAAGACCUACAACACUCUUCCUGGUAUUAACAUUGGCGAUCUGGGCAAGAAGAUGGGCCGCGAUGGUAUUGAUAAUGGCUAUAUACAGUUUACCAAUGUGCGCAUUCCUCGUGGCUACAUGCUGAUGAAACAUGCUCAAGUGUCUCGUUCUGGUCAUGUCAAGGAGCCCAAGUUGCAGCAACUCACAUAUGGCGCUCUCUUGCAAGGCCGUGUUGCCAUGGUGGUUGACAGCGGAAACGUCUCAAAAAAGGCACUCACUAUUGCUAUCCGUUAUGCUGCCGUGCGACGCCAGUUCUCCAACUCGAAGUCAGAUAUUGAGACCAAGUUGCUUGACUAUCCUAUUCACCAACGACGUCUGAUGCCUCUGAUGGCACAAACCUUUGCCAUGCUCUUCACUGGCAAUGAAAUGACCACCAUGUACAAUAAAAUGAUGGGCCGUUUGGAGAAUGCAAAGGCGGGCGAUUCUGAUCUUGCCGAAGUCUUGGAGAUGUUGAAAGAGACGCAUUCUACCAGUGCUGGUUUAAAGGCAUUCUGUACCUGGAACUGUUUGAGCACCAUUGAAGCCUGCCGUCAAGCCUGUGGUGGCCAUGGUUACUCUGCCUACACUGGCUUAGCUGGCAUGUACCAAGACUUCGCUGUUCAAUGCACUUGGGAAGGCGACAAUACCAUCUUGACUCUGCAGUUGGGUCGAUACUUGAUCAGCAGCUACCGUGAAGCUCUCUCUGGCAAGAAGCUCUCUCCUGGUGUAGGCUAUUUGAACAAUCUGGAUAAGCUUAUUGGGAAACGCUGCGGUGUUUCCAAUAACAAAUCUCUAGUAGAUCCUGCAGUCAUCAUUGAAGGCUGGCAAGUCGUGUGUGCUCAUGUUGUCCGUAAUGCAGCACUCGAGUUCCAAGAUUGCAUUGAUCGUGGUCUGGAUACAGACGAUGCUUAUGAGCAGUGUUCUCAAUCUAGAUUGUACGCUGCCAAAUUGCACUCCUACGGCUACUUGUUCAACAGAUUUGUGGAUGGUGUCUCCAAGGUCGAAGGCAGCCUGAAGUCUGUUCUGAUGGAUGUGUGUCUCCUGUAUGGCUUCUACACUGUGGAAGAAAAUGCAGGCGCAUUCUUGCAGUAUGAGUACUUUUCGCCCAAGCAAAUGGAGUACAUUCGACUCAAGACAAAUGAGCUUUGUGCUGCUGUCAGAGAUCAAGCUAUCCCACUGGUUGAUUCUUUCAAUUUGAGCGAUUACAUGGUCAACAGCCCAUUGGGUCGUGCUGAUGGCAAUGUGUAUGUGCACUACUUUGAUCAAGUGAAGCGAUCCAAUCCUCAGGGCCCUCAUCCUUAUUUUGAUCGUUUGAUCAAGCCUUUGAUUGAGCGUUCAUUAGAGAAUGAUGAUAUGGAAGACGAAGAAGCUGGCUUGGAGAGUGAGGAUGAAGACGAAAAGUAG